CAUUCAAUUAAGUACAUACAUUCCAUUAAUUCUCUCAUCAAAUUAACAUUUCAUUCAACAAUGGCAAAGGAUUACUUAGCAACUACACUUCUCCAAUUCAUAAUCAUUAGUGUCGCCGUGGUUGUUAAGGCCGAUGAUGCAUCGCCAAUUCCAGCCUCGAAAGGGGAAUUGGAAGGCUGGUUCAGGCAGAAUGUGAAGCCUGUAGCCGAGAGCAAGGGCCUAGACCCGGCCCUAGUGGCGGCCGAGUCAGGCCCUGCGAAAGUGAUUAAGGUGAUGGGAGAUGGGAGUGGAGAUUUCAAAACAUUGCAAGAGGCUGUAAAUAGUGUCCCUAAUGGGAACACAAAGCGUGUGAUGAUCGUACUCGGAGGAGGAGAGUACAAAGAGAAAGUUAAGAUCGAAAGAAGUAAGCCAUUCAUCACGUUGUAUGGGUCACCUAAAGCAGUUCCCACGCUCACCUACGAUGGCACAGCGGCCAAAUACGGAACUGUAGAUAGUGCCACCUUGAUUGUUGAGUCUGAUUAUUUUGUGACAGCAAACAUAAUAAUCAAGAAUUCUGCACCAAAACCAGAUGGUGUAAGAAAAGGAGCUCAAGCUGUAGCAUUCAGAGCAUCAGGGAACAAGGCAGCUUUUUACAACGUACGAAUGUUGGGAUUCCAAGACACACUUUGCGACGAUAGAGGGUUUCAUCUUUUCAAGGAUUGUUACAUUGAAGGCACAGUGGAUUUCAUUUUUGGAAGUGGGACGUCUCUAUAUUUAAACACUGAACUCAAUGUUUUGGGUGACCAUACAGGAUCCUCUGUCAUAACAGCACAAGCAAGAGAGAAACCUGAUGAUACUGGUUACUCAUUCGUUCAUUGUAAAAUUGUUGGCACUGCCAAAGACUCCAUUUUGGGCAGAGCUUGGCAGUGCAGCCCGAGAGUGGUGUUCGCCUACACUGAUAUGGCGGCCGGCGUUGUUUCGCCAUUGGGAUGGUAUGAUAAAGGCAAAACUGAAUGUGAUAAGACUGUUUUCUUUGGUGAAUAUAAGAACACAGGAGGAGGUGCAGCUACAGAUGGGAGAGUCAAAUAUUUCAAGAAACUAACUGAUGACCAAGCCAAACCUUUUCUCAAUCUUGGUUACAUUCAGGGGUCCAAAUGGCUCCUUCCUCCCCCAACCCUUCAAGUUUAGAUACCAUAUAUAUGCAUGACUGGCUAUCAUUUAAUUAUGUAUACAUAACCCUCGGGAAAGGUCAGACCUACUUGUACACGUAUUAAAAUUUGGGAUAAGAUGAAUAAGGUUUUAUCCCAAAAUAUUUCCUCAAGAUAGUAACUAUUUUAUUUGCUUACUAUCUUGGUCAACUCGAUCAUAAGCGCCUCUUUUUUGGGUUCAUUAUUCCUAAUCACAAGUAACUUUUUUUGCUUUACUUUUUGAGAUCGGUAUUUUUGAAUUUUUGGUGGCUCUUUUUUUUUCUCACUAUCCUAAAUCACAAGUGGCUUUUUUUAUUUUAGUUCUUGGAUCAAUUUUUUUUAA